UGGGAACUGGAAUUCCAGACUGGAAGGGGUGGUGGGUUUGGAAUUCCAGGUGGAAAGGGCGAUGGGCUCCAGAAUUCCAGGUGGUGGGCUCUGGAAUUCCAGGCUGGAAGGGGUGGUGGGCUCUGGAAUUCUGGGUUGGAGCAGAGUGGGAGGCUCGGGAAUGCUGGGCUGGAGAGGGAUGGGGGGCUCUGGAAUUCCAGACUGGAGAGGAUGGUGGGAUCUGGAAUUCCAGGCUGGAAGGGGUGGAAAGCUCUGGAAUUCUGAGCUGGAGAGGGUGGUGGGAUCUGGAAUUCCAGGCUGGGAGGGUGGUGGCCUCUGGAAUUCCAGGGGAUGGGCUCCAGAAUUCCAGGCUGGAAAGGGGAUGGGGGGCUUUGGAAUUCUGGGUUGGAGCAGGUGGUGGGGUCUGGAAUUCCAGGCUGGAAGGAGUGGUGGGAUUUGGAAUUCUGGGCUGGAGGGGAUGUGGGGCUCUGGAAUUCCAGGUGGUGGGCUCCAGAAUUCCAGGCUGGAGAAGGUCAUGGCCUCUGGAAUUCCAGGCUGGAGAGGGUGGUGGGCUCUGGAAUUCCAGGGGAUGGGCUCCAGAAUUCCAGGUGGAAGAGGUGGUGGCCUCUGGAAUUCCAGACUGGAAGGGGUGAUGGGGUUUGGAAUUCCAGGUGGAAAGGGCGAUGGGCUCCAGAAUUCCAGGUGGUGGGCUCUGGAAUUCCAGGCUGGAAGGGGUGGUGGGCUCUGGAAUUCCAGGGGAUGGGCUCCAGAAUUCCAGGCUGGAAAGAGGAUGGGGGGCUUUGGAAUUCUGGGUUGGAGCAGGUGGUGGGGUCUGGAAUUCCAGGCUGGAAGGGGUGGUGGGCUCUGGAAUUCCAGGCUGGAAGGGGUGGUGGGCUCUGGAAUUCCAGGGGAUGGGCUCCAGAAUUCCAGGCUGAAGGGGAUGGGGGGCUCCGGAAUUCUGGGUUGGAGCAGGUGGUGGCCUCUGGAAUUCCAGGCUGGAAGAGGUGGUGGCCUCCGGAAUUCCAGGCUGGAGGGGAUGGAGGGCUCUGGAAUUCCAGGCUGGAAAGGGCGCUGGGCUCUGGAAUUCCAGGCCGGAAGGGGGCGCUGCACUCCGGAAUUCCGGCAUUCCGGCUGCGGGCCCUGGCGGAGGGUUCCGGUUGCCCCGGAUCCAUGAGGAAUUCCCGGUUU